CGCGGGGGGGCGCGACCCGGCGGCCGCUGCCGCCUUCCUGCUGGGCCCGAACGCCGACCCGGCCAUGGCGCUGCUGGCCGAGCACCUUUUGAAACCGCUGCCGGCGGACAAGCAGAUCGAGACCGGGCCCUUCCUGGACGCCGUGGCUCACUUGCCGCCCUUCUUCGAUUGCUUUGGCUCACCCGUGUUCACGCCAAUCAAAGCGGAUAUCAGCGGAAACAUCAAGACGAUCCGGGCUGUUUACGACACAGACCCUGCCAAGUUCCGAACGCUGCAGAACAUCCUAGAAGUCGAGAAGGAGAUGUACGGGGCCGACUGGCCGAAGGUCGGGGCCACACUGGCGCUGAUGUGGCUGAAGAGAGGCCUGAGGUUCAUCCAGGUGCUGCUGCAGAGCAUCUGUGACGGGGAGCGGGACGAGAACCGCCCCAAUCUCAUCCGCGUCAACGUGACCAAAGCCUACGAGAUGGCGCUGAAGAAGUACCAUGGCUGGCUGGUGCAGAAGAUCUUUCAGGGAGCGCUGUAUGCCGCCCCGUACAAGUCCGACUUCCUCAAGGCCCUCUCCAAAGGACAGGACGUCCCGGAAGAUCAGUGCUUGGAAAAGGUCCGCCUCUUUCUGGUGAACUUCACGGCCACCAUUGACAUCAUUUACGAGAUGUACACGAAGAUGAACGCCGAGCUCAAUUAUAAGGUGUAACUGCGGCCUGGGGCUCCCCGACCAGACACCAUCCCGAGCCCCCCCACUCUUAACAAGUACCCGAAUCACUGUGAAAUGAAUUCAAGGACUGCUGUGUGACAGCAACUUAGUAAACAUCUCUGGAGUUUUAAGGAACAGCCUGUUUUUAAGUAUAUAUAUAUAUUAUAUUAAAUUAUAUAAAAUUUUAAGAUUUUCUAUACAAACAGAGCAAUAAGAUUUGACCAUCCCAUUUCCACUUUGCCUUAGAAUUUCAGGAGAUCUAGAUUGUCUUCCUAAUUCCCUUUGAGUGUGAUCUAGCCAAUUAACGUUUCUAACUAAUCAAGUCCUAAGUGGUUUUUGUUUUAUUUUAUUAUUGUUAUUAUUUUGCAGAGUGCAGAACUCUAGGGAAAUGAUGUACCAUUAGGGGGGAAAUCGGCACGUGGAACAUGUCAGCUCGCUUUUAGAUGUGAGACACGUGCUCCCUGUGUGUUUUUAAAUACAUUCAUGAAAAGUAAUUUGAAAUUAUGUGGGAUUUAAAAAAAAAAAGUGUGUUCUGUCCCUCCUCCCGACACCUGCUGCCGCCGCUGCCAUUUUCCUCUUCUGACCUCUGACCAGGUGUUUUUAAACCUCCAGCAAGACCCAUGAGCCUCUGACUCGAACCCAGGGACGCUCACUUUGAUAAUGGCCCAGAUUUUCUCGGAGAGGGCUCAGUUCUGCUUUCCUCCGGAUAACUCCUCCUUCAAGGGCACAAUUUCCAGCCUAGUCUUGUGAUUCGUGUCAUCCCGGGGGGAGCUGGGGGGGGACUUAGGUGCGGCUGGGAUCCAGCACCCCCUCUCCCACCCCCCCUCUUUUGCCUUAACCGUGGCCCUGGGGAGCUGCUAAGCUGGGAUCUAAAAUCAUUUUGGUCUCGAGUGAGUUGCUGUGCUGCACUUGGAGAAUUAGGGGAGGACUUUGCAAAAACAACAGAAUAAUCCUCAUUAAAACUCUAUUUUGAAAUCACA